CAGCAUUUUUACAAUAUUUUUCCAUUGUUGUUUUUAGAUAGAUUAUUAAUCUAUGAGUUUGUUUUCAUGUAGGAAAGCGCUUUUUUAUCAACCAAAAAUGCAAUUUUUCAUUUUGUUCGUUAUUGUAUUGUUUUCAUUUGUUUUCACAGAACGAUUGAUGGUUCGAGCUGAUGAAAACAUGAGCAAAAUAUUCAAUCGUUAUCAAUCAAUUAUUUUGACCCAAAAAGCUGAAUUCAUAAGGAAAGCAAUUAAACCUUCCUGCCGAAUGAUGAUGAAUCCUGUAUUGGACUCAUGUAUGGCUGAAUUCAAAGUUAUGGUGAAUUUUACGACAACAAAUCUCUACAGUGAUGAUCACCGUGAUGAUUUACGCGAACAUUAUGAGCGAUCAUUCUGCUAUGCUGCAUGUCAGUAUAAUGAUUGUGUAUUGAAAUCCAUCCAAAGAAUCAGUGAAUAUUUACUGGAUUUUUGUACCGAGACUGAUGUUUUAUGUUCACGAUCGAUUCUGAAUGGAAUGAAUAUGCACUUUGAAACUCGAAAUUCAUCGGAUAAUAUUAUGAAAUGGUCAAAUCACCUAUGUUCACAAACUGAAUGCAAACAUUUUGCAUUUAAUCGCAACUUUUUUACUUUGUUGAUUUCAUCCCUUGCUUUAAUUACAACGUUAUUAGCAUUAUUGAUUUCGUCUUAUUUUUUCUAUAUAAGUCGAAAACGUCAAUUAAAAUUUCGAUUCGACCCCAGAGAAUCGACAACUUUAAUGAGCAUGAUUAAUUAAACAAUACAUUUUAAUAAAUAAUACAAAUUACAUUUUCAACAUUCU